UAUCAGCAACAUGAAGAAGGAAAAUGAAAGUUCGGAUGAAAACCCGGUUUGAACUCGAACUUUCUGGAAGGUCAUAUCCGGUCCGAGAAGAAAAGAAAAAAAAAAUCACAGGAAAUGAGAGAAACACAUUUUUAUCAGGUGAUAAACACAUGAAUUCAAUCAUCACGGAAACCGAACCGGGUCGAACCGAGCUGCUUUGUUUACCGCCUCGGUCAGGGGGCGAGGGGAUUCGCCUCAUGUGAUUGGAGGAAAGCCCAAAGGGGCGUGUCCAGGUCCUGCGCUAUGACAACCAAUCAGCGCGCAGCUUGCCUAGAGGAGCAGUUGGUCCGAACGCAGCGCAGCAGCGGGUUCGGUUCGACCCGAACUCUGUCCGAACUUCCAUCCGAACCCCAGAGGGAUUCAGGAGGUUUAAACUCAGAGACAGCGGUUCCGACAGAGUUCUGCAGAACUUUUCUCUGGAUUUGGACUCUGAGUGGAAGAUUCCGAUUGGUUCCGAUCAGAAUAUGUCCGAGUAGCGGAUCGGGGAGCCGGAUCCAGUCUGGGUCCAGCCCGGUUCCGACAUGGACCCGGUGAGCGGGUGGAGCCCGCAGCAGGUGGAGGACUGGAUGAGAGGUCUGGACGACAGCCUGCAGCCGUACGCGGCGGCGUUCCGGCAGCAUCGGGUCGGCGGGCAGCAGCUGCUCCGGUUGGGCCACCAGGACCUGCUGGCGCUGGGCGUGGCCCGGGUCGGGCACCAGGAGCUGGUUCUGGAGGCCGUGGACCUGCUCUGCUCUCUGAACUGCGGCGUGGAGUCAGACUGUCUGCAGACGCUGGUGGGGAAGAUGAGGGCGGCGCAUCGCAACCUGAGCGGCGCCGUGACGCAGCGCAGGAAGAACCCGGCCCACCAGAACCAGAACUCCCAUCAGCCCUCCAACCAGCUCCUGAGCGCCGUGGUGGAGCUGAUCGCCGCCGCCAAGAGCCUGCUGGCCUGGCUGGACCGGGUUGGCUGGCAGCUCAAACAUCUGGUGGAGAAGAUGAGGGCGGAUUCUGGCAGCAUCACCUUGGUGCUGAAGAAGAGGCCUUCAGGAAUGUCGGGAAUGGCCGCCGCUCCGCUUAGAAACCUGCGCUGGAGACCGCCACUGGUGCAGAACAAUAGAGGCGCUCCGGAUGUCUACGGAUCUCCUCAACCCUCGGACGCUGCAGGCAGGAGAGGGAAGACCUCCAUCCUGGAUCUGUACAUCCCUCCACCUCCAGCAGCUCCAUACGCUCCUCUGAAGCUCGGCGUCUCCUCACAUCCCACGUCUCCAAACUCGUCUCUGGACGCUGACGUCCGCCAGCGCCUCGCCGAUGAUCCUCCUCCUCAUUUCAAGCAGCCGGUCCCGAUCCGCCUCAGACAGCGAUCCGCUUCCCGUGGUAAACCCCGACCCGUCUCCAUGCCGGUCGACUCUGUCCUGGGCGUCUCCGGGUCUUCGUCCAAACGCAAAACUCAGGGAAGGAAAGGUCGAGACGAGCUGCACCGGUACCUGAGCAACGAGCGGAUCAGCGCCAUCGCCGAGGAGGAGCCGGCCUUCGGUCUGCCGUCCCGCGGAUCGCCGUCGGUCCGUGGCGUCGACCACAUCAGAGGCAGCCGCUGCCUGGUCGGCGCCGACCUGCACCACAGCGCCACCAUGCCGUACCAGGAGGCCGCCGCCGCCAAGAAGCUUCCUGCUGCCGCACAGACCAGAGCCAAGACCGGGUCAACGUCUGUCCUGGGCGGCUGGCUGGCCCGGCUCAGACUGCUCAGUCACUGAGGAGGACCGUCAGGAACCUCGCAGCAGGACCGCCGGGAGGUUCCUGCUGAAAGACCCGCUUCGUUCAGCGACGCCAACAGAGACUCGUCUGAUCGCUGAGCUCUUCUCCAACGGGUCAGAAGACGCCAUCUGGUCCAGGUUCCUACGGAAACGCAGAGGUUGGAUCCGCUCAUCAUGCUGACCUUCAGAAUGUUCCUGAACUCUGAUGCUCCUGGAGAACCGACGCUGACGUCGAGUUACUGAGGCCUGGUCCAGUAACGGGUCAUGGACCAGAACCUGCUUCAUCCAGGACCCAGCCAGAGGAUCCUGAACAUCCUCCAUUGUUCUGCUGAAGAGGAGCAAAGACAUGAAGAAGAUCAUUGGCGAUGUCCUGAACUUUGACCUUGUUUCUGAUCCUCCUGGAUCUGCUGCAGGUUAAGCUUCAGGCCCAACCAGAACCAGGGUUCUACUGACUGACUUCAGAUUCCUGGAGGUCCAAGUCAGGAGUCCUGCAGAACCCUCAGGGUGUUCCUCAGGGAAGUGUGUUUUGUGCGUUUGGGAAGAACAGAUGUUUAACUCACAGGAAGAGAAACUUUCUAAAGUUUAUUUUUAUAAAUCUGGAUCCUGCUGGACUCUCAGGAGUCUGGACCUGCUGGUGAACGGACAGCUUUUGCUCCGAUGAUUCAGGAAGCUGCUGAUCUGCUACGGUCACAUGAUUACAUUUAACCGUUUCUGCUUCGUGCCGUCUGAUUGGUCCAUCAGCUCAAUAAAGUGGAAUUUAAUACAUA